AUGGCACCCUCAACGCCUACUCAGGAUGGCCAGUCCGAUUCCCAACCGCCGACGAUCGCUGCCUUCUCCCCUUCCACCAUCUCGGGGUCGGCUCUGACCUCGCGACAACGGUCCAGCGUCAUCGUGCAUCGCAAGUCGCCGUUGCUGGUGGCCACGCCGCCGCCCAUCACCAGGGCUCUCGCCUACUCGCACCCUUUUCUUCUUCCACUAAAUAAAUUCGUGGGUCUCUUGACAUGGACAACGGGCGACCCCUGGCAGAGCUUCUUGCUCGUAGCCGUCUUCUGGACCGUCGUGCUUUAUAGCGACGUCAUCAUUCUCUGGGCGGGCCCGAUUCUAGUCGUCGUCGGGUUAAUAUUGGGUAUGUAUGGUCGGCGUUAUUCGCCUCUGUCGUCGACAUCAUCUACCGGUGAAAAGCACCAGCGAAAAGCUUCGGCGGAUUCUUCUCUGCGCCAUCAGAAGAGCUUAGAUGACAUUGUCGAGACGCUUCGCACCUUCACCACACGGUGCAAUAUCCUUCUCGAGCCGUUGCUUGAUUUAACCGAUUUUCUCUCCACCCAGCGCACAGCGACAUCAGCUACCACGCGACCUGCUUUGACUGCUCUCUUUCUCCGAAUAAUCCUUGUCACCCCCAUCUGGAUCCUCUUAACUCUCCCCCCAAUCUACCUAAUAACCACGCGCCGCGUCGUGAUGACUGUCGGUACCAUCGUCCUCACCUACCACUCGCGGCCAGCACGAGUCUCACGCGUCAUUCUUUGGCGGUCCCGCGCGAUACGUCGUCUCUGCGGGAUGAUCACCGGGCUCUCGGUUGCGGAUGGACCGAGUACGCAAAAAUCCCAGGCGCAGGGACUAGGUCUGAACAUUGCCACUCGGCGGCGUGGAGACGCUUCCGGUGUGCGAUUCACUUUUGUCGUUUAUGAGAACCAACGGCGAUGGCUCGGAAUUGGCUGGACUUAUUCUUUGUUCCCGGCUGAGCGUGGAGCCUGGACUGACGAGCACUUGAACUCUGUUCCACCCAAGGACUCGUUUGAGCUUCCGGACGUUCGAACGGGAGAUUCCAAAUGGCGCUGGGUAGAGGGAAGUGAGUGGCGCGUCGAGGGUGCGGAUGCCACUGCUAACGGCAAGACGGACUCCAAGACGUCCAAUGCCGAGGGAUGGAUCUACUAUGAUAACAAGUGGAAUGACGGACGACGAGGCCAAGAUGGCUGGGACAGGUACACACGUCGACGAAAGUGGUACCGAGACGCCGAAUUAGUCGAGGUUGAACAAGAAAACACAAAUACCCCCGAAGAGUCCGUCUCAACGCUCACACAGGCUCUGGAAAAGGCGAAUGGAAAGGAUUCCGAACAGGGACCCAACUCCCUCACCCCCAACACGACGCUGAAAACUCGUCGCAGGCGCUGGUUCGGCGGUGGGAUCAAGGACAAAGACCGUGCUAGCAGUGUUGGCUCUACAGGCGAUGCUAGCCGAACCUCGAACCCAAAUUCGAAUCCUAAUUUUUCCCCAUCUGACGGUGCUACUUCCGGAAACGCGAAAAAUACACCCAGUCGUCCGAUCAGCAUGUCCAGCUCGCGCAAGCCGUCACAAUACAGUGCCCGCGAGGGAAGCAUUGCGACGAGCGAUAGCACUAGUAUCCGCGAUAAGGAGAUUGCGAGCUCGCAAGAUCGUCUUGACCGAUGGGCGACUCGUGCUGCGGGGGGCACUGAACGUGCUGAGCGGGAAUUUGGGUUGAGCGAUGAGGUUAAUAUGGGCCUCAGCUGA